GUAUGCGUUACAUACAUGAAAAAUGCACCUGCUUGCUACCGUACACCGGGGUCGGAUCGGGCGAUUGACGAGGAUGAAUUCGUACGUACUGUGAAGCCAUAAAGUUGCGGCUGCAGAUCGUUGUUUACAAUCGAAAUGGGAUGUUUUUUCUCUCAAAUAGCCAACAUGGAGACCCUUGUUUGCAAUGGAAGAAUUUGAAUGCUACACCCAUGAGCAAUACCAUCAACUAUUUCAGGAUAUAGUCUCGGUAGCCGAUCCAGUGAUCCACCAUCAUGCCUGUCAGUAGUAUCCAGGUCUCCUUGAGUGAGGUGCUCCAGGUGAGAGGAGGACCCCUGGAAGAGGAGGAGCUCUGGAGCAUACUCUGUCAGAGCUGCAAGGCCAUACAGGACAUAUUCAUUCAAGGUCGUGCCAUAGAAUCAGACGGUCCCAGCUUUGUUGUCAGCCCGUAUACCGUUCUCUUCAGUCCUAGCGGCACGGUUCAGUUUGCCGAAAGCAUCGAUGUCACGCUCCCGAACAUCGCCAACUACCUCCCUCCAGAGGGAAUCGGAGGUCAGAGGUCAUUCUCAAAUGCUACUGUUGAAAAGAUGUAUGUCUACGCACUUGGCAAGUCUCUUUUGUGGGCAUCCGAUUACAUGCGUGUUCCGUACAGCAGUGCGGUCCUCAGUACCAGCCUACAGUCGCUGUUGAUGGGCAUGUCGGACAACAACCCAGUCACCCGCCUAGCACUGGUGCAGAUAUUAGAGGCAUGUACCAUCCACGCUCAGAGUCUUGGCUAUGGCAUGCCUUAUGCUCGUCAUAUCAUCCAGCUUAGUAAAAUUGUACUUGGUAGCAUAUUUGCGCUGGACCAAAUGGGAGACAGCUUCAAUAGUAAUACAAACAACAGUGUUUCCACGGUAACAGGGUCACCCAUGUCUCGCAACGGGUCACCAGAACACAGGCGAUCAGGUCGAGUGAGUCCUGGCAAAAGGAAUCACCAGCACCUAAAUUCCAGCGACUCCACUGAUCACAAGCCAAAGCGGACCAUGCAAGACCAUGACGAACCGGACGCAAGGAGAGGGUCAAAAUCGAAACACAGACGCGCUGGAUAUUCUAACCUCAGUAGCAGUACCAUAGACUCUCAGGACAGUUACAGCGACAUGCGCUCGUACAAGGACUCGUUACCACGUAGCCGCUCUACAAGGAGCUCACGAGAAAUACUGGAUGAAAGAUCAAGUCGCAGGGAUACCUCACAUAAAUCUAACUCUCCCGAAGGACGCUCCUAUCACAUGUCGGAUAUUUUCUCCCCUGCGAACAGAACAGAGAAAUCAAAUGGUUAUCAGGCGUUGAGCGAAAGGAGUGGCCAUUCUCGCCGUGCCACGUCUAAGCAUUCCAAAUCGCAUUCUACGUCAUCGCGGGGCUACGAAUCCAUGCCAGACAGGCCGCCGAGUCGCUCGAAGCAGCGAUCGCCACCGCCCCGUGGCAAAUCCAGCAGGACUAAUCUGGUUUAUGAACGGUUAAGAGAGAGGAGGGAGAGGUUGGGUCGUCUUCGAGAUCAACUAGGGCUUCGACCACGGUAUGGUAGAGAACUGACAAGGUCUGUGUCGGAUUAUGAGAGCGAAACGGACACAAUGACGGAGGAUGAGAGUCAGUAUGGAGAUGGGAGGUCAGAGGCUAGGUCCUACAAAUCCCUCAACUCAGUGGAGUCGGCCAGACAAGGGAGCUAUCACCCGGACCAGUAUUCCCAGUACUCUUCUGUAGCGUCAUUUCCCUUCGGCCAAGGGCUACAGGGCUCCACGCCUCAGCACCAGAGUCGGAGUGUACCCAACGUCCACCAACAGAGGACGGCAGAUCAGUACGAUGGCGUGCCCAGUAGAGAUCCAGCGGAAAGACGGCUACAGACAGCGCCCUCUAGUAACGAACACAAGCGAAACACCUUGCCUUCCAGGAAGAAAUUAAAAAAAUUCUUUGGACCAGAAUUUGUUGUGAUGAGCGGUGAGCCGAACGAGUCCAUUACAAUGCCGAUCUCGUUCUUGAGCAAAGCUGGCAAGAUUCCACCAGAGAAGAAGAGGGUCACAGCCGUCAUGCUAAAUGGCCGUAGACUUGACCUUUUAUGUGACCUUGGGACCUCGGGUCAGGAGCUAUUUGACCUGAUCGCAUCGCACCUUGGUCUCAACGAAAGAUCAUACUUUGGGCUUGCCUACAUAAGAGAUGGGGAGUAUCUUUUCAUAGACCCUGACACGAAACUCUAUAAGGUGGGACCAGAGUCAUGGCGUGAAGAGGCCAAGAAGAGAUCAAAGAAGGUUGGGUCGAAGGAGAAGUUCACCGUGUUCUUCAGGGUCAAAUAUUAUGUAGAGAAUAUCAGCUUACUGAGAGAUCAACUCACCAGACACCAGUACUACUUGCAGUUGCGUAGGGAUAUUCUUGAAGAGAGAACCAAAUGUGAUGAGAGAUCCUCAUUACAGCUCGCCGCCUUAGCACUCCAAGCAGAAAUGGGAGAUCACGGCGAUGGCACCUCCCGGAACUACUUCCUGCCAGAGCACUACGUCGCUGCAAGCAUGAUUGAAUCGAUCGGUGUGGCGAAUAUCAGGGAUAGACUGCCCUCUAUGCACGAAGCUCAGAAAGGGAUGUCUGACGUGGAAGCAGAAUUUGACUUUUUGAUGGAAGCCAGAAAAUUGCCCGAGUAUGGAAUCCACUUCCAUCGGGUCACCCACAACAAGAAGGAGAGCUCGAGGGGGGUGUGGCUCGGUGUCUGCACCCGUGGGAUCAUUGUCUACGAGAAGAGCGGCAAAGCUCGCAAACAGGUCCAUGCCCAUCCCUGGAACAAGACUAAGAAGAUUGCGUUUGAUAGGAGGAAAUUUGUCGUUGAGCCCUUUGACAGAACUGGUAUGAAGUUUGUUCACUUCACAGAGAGUUACAAGAAGGGUCGCUAUUUAGUGCAGCUCUGCAAAUCUCAGCAUAGAUUCCAUAUGGCUGUGAGGACAAAGACCAAUAUUGCGCAUCAGUUCCAGAAUGACUAUGGCUUGGAAGGGGAUAGUUACAGCUUAGCAAGCGGGUCAUUGCGCUACGCCAACCACUACGAGCCAAAGGACGAGUUUGAUUACAGCGAUGGCGAGCAAAGCAUGAUGGGAUCUGUACCCAGUGAUCUUGGCGCUUCCUCAUACACGAUUGAUAGCAUGAGGCAUCAUGGGAUACCGGAGGCCAAGAGGUCAAACACAGGUUACGAGGAAGUUAGGAUCGGGAGACCACCCCCUCGGAAUAAGAGCCUUGAGAGACAACCUCAUUCCACAACAACAGAGGACAGCAGACACCCAAGGUCACAUCAAACGAAUCAGCCAUACAGGAACCAGACAACAGGGUCAAGGUCAAAUGUCAAUCAACAACGUGUGCUCCGAGAACGGACACAACCUCGAGAUGAAUUCGAUGGCAACGAUUAUGUUGAGAAUGGAUACGAGGAAGUCGGCAGGGUGCCGCCAAGGUCGAAGAGAAGGUCACGGCAGGAGUCCCAAGAGGUUCUGGAUGACCCUCCUUAUGCCACGAUCGAAAGCAUAAAAGAAAACAGAAAGAAGAACAAGCAAAAUAGGAGAACUCCAAAGAUAAGAGGUGAAGAGAAUGGGUAUGCAGAGAUCGGACCUAUAGACAGCGAGAAACCUUACGUCCUAGGCACGAGCAUACAUAACAACACUCAAGCGCAGUCUCGCAAGUCUCUAGACCAGGAUGAGUCUAUCAGCGAAUCCCUGAGGGAGCGUCUAGAAGAUCUUCCACCUUCCGAGCGACCUGAGCGGGAUAUCAUCAUCGUCACUCUCAAGAAGAGCCCUCAGAAAGGGCUUGGCCUUACCAUUGUCGGAGGAGAAAACUCCCGAAGUCUAGACCUUGGGAUCUUCGUCCGUUCCAUCGAGCCUCAUGGCCCUGCCCACAGAGAUGGCAGGCUCCACGUUGGGGACCGGAUCAUCUCAAUCAACGGCCAGAGUCUGGAGGGGGUGGGGCAUCGGGUUGCCGUGGAUAUCAUCAAGAAUUCACCAGAGGUCGUGCAGCUGAUUGUGUCGCAGCCGAAAACAGGAUUGAACUCCAAACUCUCGUCUGCCCCAAGCUCCGAGGUCGUGUAUGCCAACGUCCACCAGCCUGCCAACACCCAGCCAGCAACCCUUGCCCCCAGCCAAGGAUCCCUUGAAAACAUCGAAGACCUCCCCCACGAAUCCUCGGCAAGCGAGAACAACUCUCCCAAGCUUCGCAACCCCAAGCAGUUCCCGCCGACGAAGCCGCGACGCCGCCCCGAGAGCUUCGGGUCCAACUACAGCCUGAAUUCGGACCAGGAGAACGGGCAGGGAGAGAGGAAGCAUGGGAGGUAUCUGUCGGUUGAGAAGCCGAAGAUUGCGAGGAGAAGGGGAGCCAUGGAUUAUGAAGAUGGUGCGAGGGACGACGAUGGUGGGAGGAUAACAGAGAAGGAGGAGGAUGCUUCAAGGAAGACUCCAGAGAACACCCAUUCCAAGCAAUCUGACAAGGAUGAUCCGAUAAGCGCAGACAUUCUUGACAACCAUUCAGCGGACGAUUGGGAAGACCUGGACAAUGACGGCGACGAUGACUCAAAGGUCACGACCCCUGAGAGCUCGGAUAUGGAGGACCUCUUCGGAGACAUGGAUGAGAAGAAGAACAAACCUAAUCUGAACUUCAGCAAGAUCAGCUCUGGGUUGGAAUCUUCAGUGACAGCGACACCAUCGACUGUGACCGCCGCAAUGCCGCCAUCUAGCGACAAGCCGACAACCGUGAGGGCUGCGGGGUCACAGGAAACGGAGGUCAAGAACAAGGAGGCGGAGCAGGAGACGUUGGAUGAAGAGGUUCAGGAGGCCAGCGAAGGACUGGAUCUACUUCCUGGGGACAAGUAUACCGUUCAGCUGAAGAAAGUGAAUGGUUCUUUGGGCAUCAGUGUAACGGGUGGUGUAAACACGAGUGUAAAGCAUGGAGGUAUUUACAUCAAGACUAUGGUUCCCAGAGGAGCCGCUGAUCAAGAUGGCCGCAUCAAGUCCGGUGACCGAUUGCUGGAGGUCAACGGGGCAUCGCUGACCCAGGUCACCCACCGGCAGGCCGUGGAGAUCCUCCGCCGGGCCAAGGACGUCAGUACCCUCGUCAUCGAACGCGGCAUCCCUCCAGCGGCGACCAGUGCUCUUCCGCCGACACCGGUCCACUUCCAACAGCCCCUGAAACAGCAGGAGCAGCAGGGGGAGGAUGCCGCGCCGGAAGGGGGUAAGGAAACCGGUGGUGGUAGUGGUGGAGGGGGGCAGCUGGAUACCAGUCCUAGCCCGAAUAUCUCGCCAGAAAAAGAAAACCCCAAUCUCACCUCGGCCGAUGAACAUCACGAAACCGACUUUGCCACCGAAAACGAAGACCUUGAUCUCGGAACCGCUGACGAGGAAUACGAGACGGGAUGGGACGAUGACGACGACGGCGAUGCAGCGGUCAGCAAAAGUGACGCAUUAUCCAUCGAGGAGCCUUUCGUGCGUACACAGAGCACGGUCCAACAAGCAAUGGCGCCCCCUGGAGGGGGCACAUUGCUUCCAGAGAUUAAAGGUGAUCCUUCAGAAAACGAGAAAAUUGAUCCAGACAUAGAUGACACUGAGCCGCCAGUUAGUCCCUCCUCAGACGACGUGGCCCUGUCCCCUACAGACAUACACAGAAUAGGAUCACCUCGAUUCGCCACGCAGCGCAAGAACAGUCUCGGCGUCAUAUUCCAUCACGACCUGGAAAACACCAUGUACUCUCUCCGGAGGACAUCAUCGGCAGCGUCACUAGGAAUACACUCGGAGCAUACAGAGUCGGACGAUGCCAAUAGCCUCAUGAUGCCGUCUUUCGCGUCGCACGCAACCACACCGACCAUCGAGGCAUUGCACGAUGACGACUUCCGCACCCCGCCUCUGACGGAUGACGACUUCGGAAGCGAGAAUGAGAUGCCAGAUGUACCGGAGAAUGAGAUUGAUGAUCCUGCAUCUCGCGGCUCUGUCACCGAAUCCCCGUACCAAUCUGAUGGCUAUUCAGAUGAGGUGGACGAUUACCUGGCAGAGAUUGCAUCACCUACAUUGAGUACUCGCGAGGCGGACACGCUGACUCCGACAGCACACCUGACGGGGAUGAGGAAGGCUGAAAAGCGGAAGUCCUGGAUAAGCAUCGCAAGCAGUCACUCUCCUGCUCCGACAGAAAGCACACAGUUUGGACGAACAGAAUCCUCUCCCCGAUCAAGCCGAAGGUCACAGACAUCGCCUCUCUCCGAGUCGGCAGAAUCUGAGAGCGAAGAGUCUGAGUCCAUGGCAUUCAGCGAUAAUGACAUUGCCGGACAUUGGUCAGAUGAGGAGGACCACAGGCUGGUCAAGCCCAAGCUGCCCGCAGAGAGCACCCCUAAAGAUCCGAACUUUGUUUCACGAGUAGCCAUGAAGUUGCCGACAAGCCCGGAACCCAUUUCGGUGAACAUCGACGAAGCCGCUCCAUCAUUACCGACCAUGUCCCCGCCACACUCUUCCCGUUCGUCAUCCCCAACGGCAUCCCAAGCCAGCCAGAUAUCGGUCACCAGCCCCACUGCCCAGGAGGAGGAGGAGGAGGUGAUGUCACCUAACUCCACCUUGAGCAGUGUGGGUGCCCUGACCCUGACACAGACGAUGCUAUCACAGACUAUGAUGUCCACUGGAUACAUGACGGAGAUUGACAUGCCAAAUCUGCCUUACGUUACUGCAGAUAACACCUUUGAAGUGCAACUCAGCAAGGGCUCUCAGGGACUCGGCUUCAGCGUGAUGGGAGGCAAGGGGACCAAUACCGACCCCAGAAAGUGCCUCAUCCGCGUCAAGAAACUCUUCGCCGGCCAGGCCGCGGCUCAGAGUGGCCUCAUCGAGGAAGGCGACGUCAUCCUCGCUGUCAACGGAGAGUUGAUUCACGAUGCCACGCAUCCGGAGACCGUUGCGAAGCUGAGAGGUGCCCAGCAGAAUGUGAAACUUCUUCUUUGCCGACCCAGUGAUGAGGAGCUUCUCAGACUUCUUCAAAGGAGACUUGAAGAAUCACCAUCUAAGCAAAAAGCAGCCCCUCCCGCUCCCUUGGACACUCCCCCCGCUGGCAACAGUUCAACGCUCCUCUCUAGCCCUUUCAGCUCCCCGCCCCUCUCACCGGACCCCAAGGUCACCCCUACCACCACCGAACCCCCGCCCCCACCACCACCUACCUCCCCUCCUCACUCAGAGGAUGAAGACGACGGAGAGGAUGUCACCGAUCAAGGUCCACCUUCGGAGAGAUUGUCUCCCGUGUCCAGGCCGUCUCCAGUGUCCAAACUGGCAGCUGUGGAGAGAAGUGCCUUUUCGGAGGUGUCACCUGCCCUUCCCAAGCUGGGAGCGGUGGACAUCAAGUCAAAGAUCCCGAUCACUACUAAGAGGAAGUCUCAGGAUUUGGGGGUGAAGGGGAAACCCCUCCUCUCUCCAUCGUCCAGUACGGAGAGUUCUCCUCGAAAGAUGCAGCAAAUCAUGUCGGAGCCGUCAAUCGAUUUUGAUGAGUCCGAUGUCUUUGAGGUUGACUUGGUGAAGCCUCAGCGUGGAGGCCUUGGCUUCACGGUGGCUGGAGGAGCCAAUACAGGAGGAUGUUAUAUCAAAGAUAUUCUGCAGGAACCUGCUAUAUCAGAUUCAAGACUCAGGAGAGGCGACAAGAUCUUAGAGGUUAAUGGUCGGAGUAUGAAAGGAAUGAGCCACUUCGAUGCAGUUUCCUUCCUCCGUAUGACCUCUAGAGAGGUCACUCUGAAGAUUGUCCACCCAUCGCCCAAGUCCGCCGAGGCCACUCCAUCCCCGACAAAACCAGUCAAGGCUGACUUCACUGCUUCUCCUGCACUGAAAGAAGAUGCCAUUGUUCCUGAAGCGGCAGUAGAUGUUGAAGCUAGUCCAGCACUUGCAAAAGCAAAGGAUGAUGGCAGUGACGAGGAUGGUGCAACGUUGCCAUCCGCAAGUGAGAACGAUGAUGAUUGGUCAGAUGUAGCAUCUGUAGAGUCCAUGACACCAGCGGCUAAUCUGAACCUGAGAGAGGCAUUCCAAGCGAGGUCAAAGCUUGAGAAUGCUCGGCAAACCAGCGUGGAUGAAGGAGAUGGGGAAGAGUCCGCACUACCGGAUGCGCCACGGCUCGAGGACCUACCUACAGUACGCAUCAAGAAGAAUGACAAAGGUCAACUGGGGUUACUGCUGGGGUUGGAGGUUACGGACCAGGGGUCAGGGCUGUUUGUAAAAGAUGUCGUGAGCGGCCUUCCAAUGGCCCAAGACGGAAGCGUUCAAGUCGGCGAUCAGAUUCACUUCAUCAAUGAUCAGUCUGUUAGUGGAAUCAGCAUGGAGAAGGCCAAGAGCCUUCUUGCAAGGGUGCCCUCUCUUGUUGAACUUAAGGCAACUCGAAAUAAGACCCCAGUUCAACCAAGACGACAGCGGCCAAUCUCUACAACAUCCACCCUCGAGCCAUCUGAGACGGGAGAUGAUGAUGAUAGAAUCACCCCUUCGGCCGAUGGGGAUAAUGAUGACGAAUGGAUGACGGACUCCAGUGAGCCUGUUAAAGAGAUUGGUGUGCCCUUAACCCUCCCUGCCACGCCCAAGGGCGAGGAACCGAAGGUGGGAGGGAAGAAGGUCUCUCCCGCAGGUUUCGACCUUGAUCUUGGUGAUGUGUCCGAAGAAGAAUCUGACUGGGAGGAUUUGUCUGUGAGCGAUCGAGAGGAGGUUAGCCGACUCGACGAGGUCGGUGACAUCAUGAAGGAUCUAGAACAGAGUCACGGAGGAUAUACACCUCGGCCGUCAAGCGAUAAUGAAAGAAAGAGCUCCACUCGAUCCAUUACCAGUCCCAAUGACAUACCUACAUCUCCUACCUCCAUCACCUCUCCUCCGCUGAGCCCUCUUUCUCAUAGCACCGUUCCAUCCACAGUCAAGGCUUUAUCAUCUGUGACCGAUGCCCCGUCUCCCUCUAUAUCCAAUGGUGCAAGCGACCAGCCUGACGAUGACCUGAACAGCUUUGGCUCCGACGAGGCCUUCUCGCCAUCCACCACCCCACAGACUCUAUCAACGCCUGAGCAAUUCAGCGGUUCCCCGCGGAGGCUCCGCCACGACUCCACCGAACCAGAGGUAGAGCCGGAACUCGCCCAUCUCCCUCCGCUCCCGUCAGGCAAGUCACCGGCCUAUGACCCGUCCUCGGGCUCGCCGAGGGGUAUCAAGUCUCCACUGAGUAACUUCCGGAAGCAGAUGUCAUUGAACGAUGCGAGGGAAUCGCCCACUGGGAGUGAGUUCUCAACAUCGGCUAGGAUCGGGACUCCAACAGGCAGGCCUCCAUCGGCCCAAGGAAGUGAAGGGGGAAACCUCAGUAUAGGAGAAGGUGGUGUAGUAUGGAUAGAGUUAGAGAAGCCAGAAGGAGGAGGGCUAGGUUUCAGUGUGGUGGGAGCCGAGAAGGGAGGCAAGACCAGUAUCUUCAUCAAGACCGUCACCCCUGACGGUGUAGCCUGCAGGGAUGGAAGGCUCAAAGUUGGAGACAGGCUUCUGCAGGUCAAUGGACAGAGUCUAGUUGGAAUGACACAGAACAAGGUCAUUACAAUCCUGAGGAAAAGUAAAGGCGUCGUCAGGCUUGCUGUAACAGGCCAGCUUUCUCGACCAGCAAGUCUGAUCGGAACGGAUACCGAACGACAGACGCCCUCUGUAGUUCAAGAUCGUCUCUCCCGUGCCAUAGAGGAGGACGAGAACAGCGAUGCCGAGCUGUCGCCUGCUGAAUCCUACACCGAAUCGGCCCGGGAUGCUGGAUUCAGGAAGCCACACGACGACCUCUCUGACCAUGACGACAUCAUCGACAGUGUGACCUUUGACUCCUCCCUGUCAUUCACCCUCCCCUUCAGUCUGGCAGGGUUGCACAGUACCCGCACGUUUGGUGACGUUGCUAUCACCCCGCCCCCACCAGAGUUCAGGGUGGGCUACCCAGAACAAGACACGGAUAGCGAUAUAGACUCCACAGCUGACCUUCCCAAUGACCUUGAGAGCCCAGAAGGUGCAGGAAAGAAGUCCGAUAGUCUUCUGGCGGCUCAGAGAUUAGGGAGAGCCUUGCAGAAGCGAAGUAGCAAACAGGAGAGCGACAAUGAUUCGCUUUCCUGGGGUACCGACAACAGUCUACCGCUUGAUGAUGACGACAUCGGCGAACGGGCCAACGGGGCCAUGCGAGGGACACCCAGUACGAAAAUCCUAGAAGACAUCACGGAUGCCCAGCUUGAAAGCAUGCCUAUCGUCACAACAAUCGAGGGAGGGCGCUAUUCGGGUAGGAGUCUGAGGAGCAGCAUUGCGAAGAUCCAGAAGCAGAUUGACAAGCAGGAUCCGGCCGAGGAGUUCAAGACACUCCGUCAGGUGAAGGCUAUAGACAACUGUGAAGAAGCAAAGAAGGCACAAAACAAGGACAAGAAUCGCUUCAGAAAUGUCCUACCAUAUGACAAGACGAGAGUGAUCCUGGAGGAUAGCGGUCCGUCGGACUACAUCAACGCCAGCCACAUCAAGACACAGGUUGGCAAGGAUACCUACGAAUACAUCGCCUGCCAGGGACCCCUCCCUAAUACCACCCAGGAUUUCUGGCUGAUGGUCUGGGAGCAGAGGGCAGAUGUCAUCGCCAUGGUAACAAUGGACGUCGAGAGCGGGAAGGUGAAGUGUCAUCGCUACUGGCCAGAGUCGGCCAACACGCCCCUGAUGGUUUACGACCGGAUUGAAGUGAGGCUUGAGAAUUAUCAAAACCUUGAGAACUUCAGCAUCAGGAGAUUACUUAUGAUCGACACAGAGACUAGUGAAGUCCACCACGUGACCCAGAUGAACUUUGCGACCUGGCCAGACCACAGCGUGCCGUCCACCUCUCUCCCUCUCCUCCGCUAUGCCUGCCACAUGAGGCGUAUCCACGACGACCGCCUCCCCAUCGUCGUCCACUGCAGUGCGGGCAUCGGAAGGACCGGUACCCUCAUCACCAUCGACGUCAUCCUGGGGCUCAUAGAACACGAUGAGGAGUUCAAGGUACUAAAUAUUGUCAAGGGUCUACGGAAACAGAGACAGGGCAUGAUUCAAACAAAGGACCAGUACACGUUCUGUUACAAAGCUGCUCUUGAGGCUCUGAAAAGUGUGACCACAUGACCAACGGAGAAAGGGAGAGAUGAUCAAUGAUGAAUCUUGAUGAUGAUGCAGUGUUCUUAUGGCAAGUUGCUGGACAAAGGAAUGUAAAAUGAUUGGUGGUUCUACUGUACUUCUUCCCGAUUAGUACAGACUGCCGUUGGAAUAUCAUCCUACAAGUUUGUGCUUGUCAAGUGCCCAGAUGAGUGCCUCGAUCUCCGUAUUCUCUCUUAGCUAGAAGAGUUUGAUUUGAUGGCUUAAUUAACCUAGCCGCUGAGAGAAAGUAGAUGAUUUUUAGUGAGCAACAGAGGACUCAUGGAUUUGAGUUUGCUCCAAGGGGCCUGGUUAUGAGGAUUUAUCUUGAAAAUGAUUAACGUCGACUCUGCAGUCUCUCUCAGCUAGGGCGGAGUUGAUGUCCAAUCCAACUCAGUUAAGCUGCUGAGAAGGAAUGAAUGCUUUAAGUUAGCAACAAGGGACUUAUGGCUGUGGGUCCUCUCUGCGAGACGUGCUGAUGAGGAUCAAUACCUUCGGGGAAUCAGCAAAUUGGCUCAGAUUAUGAACCCAGAUGUUUGGAUUCUAAGACUGCUGCUCAAGCAACUGAUCUUCAGAGACUCACACUAGUGUACUAGUUCUAUUAAAUGGGAAAUACAUCAACAAUAAUGCUAUUUUCAGAUUAUGGUUCUACCCCAUUUACAGUAAUCAUUCAGUAACUUUUGAAUUGGUGCUGGUUGCACAAAAUUUAAUAGUGUUAUUGUGAACUCUGUCAUCAAUGGUAACUACCAAGGCAACAUUGGUUUUGAUCCUCUCUUCU